CCAUUCGCCGACGAAGGUGACUCAACUAAGGGCGAAACUGCAGUUCAUAUCCGUAUACAGCAGCGAAAUGGUCGCAAAACGUUAACGACGGUCCAGGGAAUUCCCGACAAAUUUGAUAAGAAACGCAUCUUAAAGGCUUGCAAGAAAGACUUUGCCUGUAAUGGCAAUGUCGUCGAACAUGAACAGUACGGUGAGGUCCUCCAACUACAAGGUGAUCAACGGGACCACAUUGCUGAAUUUCUCAAAAAGUACAAUCUUGUGAAGGAGGAUCAAAUCAAAAUUCAUGGAUUUUGA